AGCCUCCUGUCAGCCAUACCGGGGAGGGUGGUUCGCAGAAGGCCCCAUGUCUAUCUCCCGUUUUUACAGUUCCGAAUCGGAGGCUCAGCAGACCGUAUGGUUUUUCUACAUGAGUGGAGAAGGUAGAUGUUGCAAGUAGAAGAGAUACAACAUUUGUUUAGGAUGUCUGAAGAUGAAGAAAAAGUGAAAUUACGUCGUCUUGAACCAGCUAUUCAGAAAUUUACUAAGAUAGUAAUCCCAACAGACCUGGAGAGGUUAAGAAAGCACCAGAUAAAUAUUGAGAAGUAUCAGAGGUGCAGAAUCUGGGACAAGUUGCAUGAAGAGCAUAUCAAUGCAGGACGUACAGUUCAGCAACUCCGCUCCAAUAUCCGAGAAAUGGAGAAGCUUUGUUUGAAAGUCCAAAAGGAUGACCUUGGACUUCUGAAGAGAAUGAUAGAUCCUGUUAAAGAAGAAGCAUCAGCAGCAACAGCAGAAUUUCUUCAACUCCAUCUGGAAUCUGUAGAAGAACUUAAGAAACAAUUUAAUGAUGAAGAAACUUUAUUACAGCCUUCUUUGACCAGAUCCAUGACUGUUGGUGGAACAUUUCGCACUACUGAAGAUGAAGCUGAUCCUCAGAGUAUGACUCAGAUAUAUGUGUUGCCUGAAAUUCCUCGAGAUCAAAAUGCUGCAGAAUCAUGGGAAACCUUAGAAGCGGACUUAAUUGAACUUAGCCAACUGGUCACUGAUUUCUCUCUCCUAGUGAGUUCUCAGCAGGAGAAGAUUGACAGCAUUGAAGACCACGUCAACAGUGCUGCUGUGAAUGUUGAAGAGGGAACCAAAAACUUGGGGAAGGCUGCAAAAUACAAGCUGGCAGCUCUUCCUGUGGCAGUGAAUUCCAAUGAGGCAACACACCAUUUCUCAUUGUUCUUAAAUAACUGGAAAACAUCAAGUAUUGCUACCUCCUGACUCAUAUCUUUAAUAUAAUACCAGGAAGGAAGUACUUUGAUUUUGUUUUUCUUCUGCUGAUUUAGCUCUCCUACCCACCUAAGCUGGAGCCAGUAACCUAAGAAGCCCCAGAAAAGGGGUGUGCUGGCCAGAGUUCCUGGAGCAAGAACUUUCAGGUUAUACUGAAGCCGAGUGCUGUAUAGGGAGAGUUCUGCGAAUCCACAAACCUUCCUCUGUGGGCUGCCUGCCUGCCCGUAAGUGCCCUAAAGUAGUUUGCACAGGAGUAAGGACUGAAUACUGGUGUUAUCUAUCAAUCACAAGAAACUGUACAUAAAAUGUACAACAUUUUUCUCCAGUGAAAGUCACAGAAGCCAAACCAAGUCAUUCUUUGUGUUAACUUAAAAACGGAAAAGUCAUUUUCAGGGUCCCCCUUGCCCUUCGUUGCUGCCGUAUGAAAUCUUUGGGAGGAAGGAUGAAGAAAAGCACGGGGAAAUGGUUCUCCUGUGAAAUGGGACAUUUUCUUCUCAUAAUAAAGUAUAACAUGGCGGUGGCUAUCAGGUACUUAUGAAUGCUAGAAACUCUUUUUAAGUAGUCAGAGGCCUAGUAAAAGGUAGGGAAGCUUCCCCCUAGCCUAAAUUAAUGUGAACAGUUCAGGUUCUGUUUGUGUUUUUAUUAACAUUUCAUGUUGUUUCUAACCAGAUGUUCUAAACUAUUUAUGUUCAUUAAUUUGACACCAUUUUACAGAGACACUUAUUGGGUAUUGUAAACAAUCAAUGGUAAAAGAUCCACAUGUAGUCCAUAUUACUGCCCUCAAAUAAAUUUAUUGUGGGAGACAAGAAAAAACGUCUGUGCAAUAUUAACAAGAGAAAUAUAUUCAUAUAAAAAUGUAAAAGGUGUCAAAGGCAAAUGAUUUGCCCAAGAUUAAAGCUAGUUAGCACAAAAGCUAGAAUUAUAACCACGGUCUAAGAAAAAAAAAUCCACAAAGUAAUUUAACUGAAUUUGUUACGCCAUAUCAGGUUGCCCGCUGAAGCUUGUGGUCUUUCAGACCAGCUUUAACAUUCCAAAUCAGUCAACAGCUAUAGUGGAAAGAGAAUUGGAUGGGAAAUCAGGAGAUCAGAGUUUUACUUGUGGCUUUGUCUCUUAUAGUAAGCUUUUACUCAGGCGUGGCUGCUUUCUCCCAUUUUAGCCAGGGACUCGCCAUUCUUUAUCCUCUUACUGGGUCUUGUUAAUUGAAUAUUAGUUGUGUUCAUUUCUUAAAUGUAUUCAUAACCAUCACUCUAGUAAAAGUUUAUUACCUCACAUCCCCUACCUCAUCUUCCCCAACUUUAGGCCAUUCCUCACAUCAUUGCCACAAGAACUGUCUUUCAUUUUUCUGCUGAAAUAUUUUCAGCAGAUCCUGUUGAAUACUUGAUAAAGUUCAGCCUUCCAUAUACUGGCCCCAGCUUUGUCUCUUCAGACUCACUACUCAACCAUCUGACAAUGCCACUGAAAAUCAGACAUUCCACAAGAAUGAUUUUAAGCUUUUUCUAUGGUGAAGGUACAAACUGGUAAUAAACUAUGUUUCGUUUUUUUCCAGACUAAAGCAAUUUCUGUAAUACUACAUUUUACAAAACUAGUCAACUGAGUUUUGUUUAAGCUCUUGAACAAGUCUAGAAGUUGUAUCCUAAGGAGAAGAAAUGUUUUGUCCCCUCAGAGGAAAUUACAUUCAAUUUCUUAACCUCCAAAACAAUGUCAGUCUUGUCACCUGUGCAUUGGAUAGCCAAACCAUGAAGAUUUUACUUUAGCAGCAUAGAUACUCCAGACUUGAACGGACCAUUGUCCAGCUCCUGUGAGAAACUUGACUAAUAAAUAUUUGAGGAAAUUACUCGAAUACAUACAUGUUAUCCAUAUAUUUCUCAAGUACUUGAGAUUGUCUUUUAUUAUGGUUAAUCACUAAAAAAGAUGUUUACCAGGUUUCUUUAAUUAACCCCCUAAAGGUGUUUUCCAUUUUAUUGUUAAAACCCUUGGUGUUAGCAGGGUUCAGCACAAAAGCCCAAUGGUGAGAAUUUCUACAAAUUCUGUAAAGCUUACAGAAUUCGCUUAUUAUGUUGCUGAGUGGUGCUUAUGUGAGGAAACAUGCAAUAAAUUCAUUCAGCAAACGUUUAACUGAAUGCCUGUUGUAUGUUGAGUGUCAGUGCCAUACAUAGAAAAAUAUUAGAACUGUAGGAUCUACCCAUGUAAACCAUUCAGGCUAAUGAAGAAUUCAGAUACUGAAAGCCAGUAAAUCACAGUAAAACGUGGUAAGUAACCUAAAAGAGGAGAGCAAAGUAAUAUGAGGACACAGAGAAUGGAGUGACUCUGCCUGGAAAAGAAGGGGAAGGCUUUGUGGAACAUGUGGUAUUUGAACAGUACUCUAUAAAGAAGAAUCUGCCUGACUGAAGACCAGGUUUGUGAGCUUUCAAGUGGCAGAGGAAUUGCUCGUACAA